AUGCGGUCAUUCACAUCACCGGUUGCCUUCUGGGGCUUUGGGUGGAUCGUCUUCGCGCUUUCGAUGAGCGGAGUGAUGGGGGCGGAUGGACGAGGCGUCUACCUGGUUGAGCAUCGGCUGGUUGAACGGCAACUACCGGACCUGAGCCAUAUCUCAACAUGUGGUAUAAACUGUCUUGUCCAGGGCAUUACGGGAGCAGGUUGUGACUUGACAAACACGACGUGUUCAUGUGCAAGCUCUGAACUUGGCCCACUGACUGCGAACUGUAUACUUGCCAACUGUACGAUGCAGGAUUCUUUAGAUCUUGCAAAGCUCCAGGCUUCGCAGUGUAACCUACCGCACGAGUCUCAAACUACAAAGAUGCUUGCGAUUCUUGUUGUUGUCUACACAUCCGCAGUAGUAGCUAUUGGCCUACGUCUUAUUGCAAAAAGCCUGGCCAAGACGUGGAGUAUAGACGAUGUCUUGAUUAUAGCUGCGAUUGUAAUCGCUAUCGCACCCUUUUCUUUUGUCAUAUUAAUGGCCAGCAAAGGAUUCGGGACUCACCUUUACGAUCUCCAGCCCGGUGGUUUACUGGAAAUCUUGCGCCUCUUGUAUGCCGCCGAGAUCGUCUAUGUUUUUGUCCUCCUCUUCGCAAAACUAUCGCUCGUCGUCUUCUAUCUUCGAAUUUUCACCGUUAAAAAGUUUCGGAUAGCUGCCUACUCACUCAUCGGAUUUCUCGUGGUGGGACAGGUUGUCAUCGGCUUCCUUACCAUCUUCUCUUGCCACCCCAUCGAGCUGUUUUGGAACAAGGACAUCCACACUGGCGGUUGCCUUGACAUCAACCAGCUCGCAUACGCAAACUCGGCCUUGGCCAUCCUUCAAGACCUAAUCAUCCUCGCAUUGCCGAUAGCUAUGCUGCCUGGCCUUCAGAUGAACCGCAACAAGAAAAUUUCAGUCGCAAUCAUCUUCCUCCUGGGUUCGGUCGGAUUCAUCUCUACCAUUAUCAGACUUCAAGUUCUAGCGGUAUUCGGCAGCUCCAUCGACCCAACGUGGGACUAUGUUCCUGUAGUCUGGUGGACCACUGUUGAGCUUGGCGUGGUUAUCGUCUGCGCAUGCCUACCGAUGAUUCGCAAUCUUGUAGAGAAAUUCUUCCCGGGGCUCAAGCUGUUCAGGUGGACCUCACCAAAGAAAUCGAAAGACAGCUUUGGCUCUUCAACCGACGACAAGUCGUUCCAGCUGGGCCGAUAUCAAAAGUUUGGCCGGAGCCACAGCCCACCGCAGUUCAGCGACAAUUACGUACGAGAUCAUAUUGGGGGCCCUCCAAUUCCUCCACCAAAGACUGGGGAAUCAAUAAAACACCGCGACAUGCAUGCAUACGGCGGGCCAAAACCAAAACCUAAAGUCGUCGAACUUCCUGUCGCGGCUCCUCAGCCUUAUGACCUUUCAUGGAGAUCUACAAACCCAUACGGGAUACCCCCGGACAACCCCUAUGGGCUCGGGAAAACAAACUACAGCCUCAAGACUGAAAUGUUGGAGAGAAAAGAAAGGAAUUUCGAUGUUGAACAGCUAGAUGCCAGAUACUAUGGCCAGGCGAUUACAAAGGGGGAACACCCUAAUCCGGAGCGAUGCUCGCAUUGCGGAAGACAACGAUGCAACGAUGUGUAG